AUGGCGUCGAAUCACAGCUUCAAUGAGCACCUUUGGCAUCGGUUCGACCCUUGUCAGGAAUUUGUGGGCGGGGCGCGUACCAAGCACACGGCCGUGGCCAUUGAUGACGGCAUCUUCGUCUUUGGUGGCCACCUGGGCACCCGUAUGAGCAAUGACGUUAUCCGAUUUGACACUCGUGACUGCAGCUCAGGUGCCCCAGCCGCCCCUCACCCCUACCCGUGCGUGUCGCUCGACCUCCGGCUCAGCUGGAGUGUUUGCAUGACAACCAAGGGCAUUCGGCCCUCCCCUCGAACCCAUCAUAGCUGCGACGUGCUCGAGCGCAGCCUUUACGUAAGCCGUCCACCCGACCUACUCGCACGCCCCCACCUCUGGGCCACACCGCCUCCUGACCUAGCAUUGGCAUUUGCAUGGGUGGGCCGUGCCCAACUCCACCAGGUUUUUGGUGGGUAUACGGGUAAUAUCGCUGCCAACUCCAACUUUCGCAAUUGCAACGACCUUUAUGAGUAUCGAGCCGACAAAGGCAGCUGGCGCCUCGUCCAUCCCGGCAGCGUGUCCCCGCCUCCGGAUUCGGAGCUUGGCGGCGCACUCGGUGCCGCAUCGGUCGCAACUGCGACCGCAGCCGCGCCGGCAACACAUGGGGGCUCUGGCGUGUCAAACCCCAUCAGUGUCAACUCUCGCCUCAACUUGCACCGAUCUUUUCGAGAAACGCGCGCUGCACGCCUUCUCACUGCACGUCGCGUGGCCGGCGAGGAUGAUGCCUCAGCGCCCGGACACCGCUCACCGCCCUGGGGCUCAAAUCCGACGCAGGCCGUCCCACUCGGCACCUCACCGCCUUGGCAUCCAGAUCUAGCCUCAGCAGCCACGGCCUUGAGCUUGGCUGCCUUGCCCGCGCCCGUGCCCGCCUACCAAGCGGCAGCCCCACCCCAAGCCGAGGAUGAGGUCCCCUGCGGACGCGCCGGCCAUUCCUCAUGCAUACACAACGGCGGAGGGGAAGGUACGAACCAGUCACGCAUCAGCUACGAAGCAGCAUCUCAUUUUUAUGGUUCGGUCCCGCGGUCCACCCCCUCGCCUCGCUCAGAUUACCUUUACAUAUUUGGCGGUUUCAACGGGACGCGACUGCUAAACGACAUGUGGCGAAUCUGUCUUUCGGAUCUAGCGCCACGAUGGGAAUGCGUGCAACAGCACGGCACACUCCCAGCCGCCUUUUGCAAUUCUCCCGCUGCUUGCGUGGGUGACUUUUGCUACAUGUUUUCUGGCAUGAGCGGCAAGGACAUGUCCAACCGCCUCUUCCGGUGCCACCUUCCAACGGCGACUUGGUCGGAAUUGACCGGCCUUCCCCGCUUGGUGGGGGGUCACGAACCACCUCCAGCCCGCUUUGGACACAUUUUGCACUAUGAUGGCCAUGCCCGCCUCUGGGUCUUUGGUGGCGUCGCUGACGGCCGUCCUUGCAACACCGUGCACUGUUACCACAUCGAGGCCAACGUGUGGGCACAAGUGGCUCGACAAGUGGGCAAUGAUGCCCCCUCUCCUCGCAGUUUUGCCGCUGGUGCUGUUCUGGAUCGCUCCCUGUUCGUUUUCGGCGGGACCAUCGAUCUCAAGGCCGAUGAAAUUUCAAACGAGAUGUUUCGCUUCGACUUGACCAUUACCGAACGAAGCACCCUGGCCACGGAUCUCUUGGCCCUCUGGCACUCGGCCACUCUCGCUGACAUAGAUGUGGUUGCAGCAGACACCGUCGUGCCGGCCCAUGCCGUCGUUCUGGCGGCCCGCUCGUCGGUCUUAGCCCAGCGCAUUGCAGCCCUGCCCGAGCCAAACCCUAGCAAGCCUGGUCAGGCACUUCCUCGGCGCCGUUUGGUGCUUCGCGAGCUUUCAAACGGCGAUACGUUGCAGUCCAUACUGCACCUGUGUUAUUCAGACCGCUUACCACCGAGCUUUCUGCAUUUGCCGCCCCGAGCGGCCCUCAAACAUGUAGUUCUACUGUAUGCGUGUGCGCGUUGGUACAAGCUGCACCGCUUCAUGGCAGACGCCGUUGAGUAUCUGACGGCAGUGGCGCGCACAGACCUGCUGCUGGCGCUUUUGGCGUUGCUCCAUGAGCAUCGUUUGCAGGAUCUUCUUGCUCUCUUUGCUGCCGAGGCCUGCCAGCCACGACGCUUCCAAAAAAUGGUACAGAGUGAUGAGUUUGCGACGCUGGAUCGAGAUCUGAUUGUCUUCCUCGUUCGUCGUCACGAAUCCAGUCGUCGCGGAUCAACAAGCCGCGGAGGACCCGUGGAGGGGACUACAUACACCGCAUCUGAUGACCCAGCUACUGCACCACCGCUGGAAAGAGCCUUGCGUUCUGGAAGCCAUUCGCUUCGAUUUCAUGCCCUUGAACUGGAUUUGUAUCGUGUAGUGGAAUGGUGCCUGCGCCAAGGAGAAGCCGUGGAGGCAAGCACGCCCUCUGUGGGCACCGCUACAUCAGCAGAUGUAGGCAGCACUCAAGAUGGGACUUCACAGGGAAGCAGUCGGGUGUCCGAUUUGCUACCCGCCGAUGAGGCCAUCGAUGUUGUGGGUGGUCUUGCAGACUGCCAAUUGGUGGCAGCCGGUCAGUUCCACGUGCCACUGCACCGUGCCAUCCUGGCAGCUCGCUGCCAAUACUUUCACGGCGUCUUCUGUUCCGGUCUCCAAAAUGUGGAUUCAAGGCACACAGAAGCCAUCCUGGGAGAUGCGAUAUUGCCACCGCCCGUUUUGACCUCGUUGCUGCGGUACAUUUAUGCUGAUGUGACGACCAUGCCGGUUGAGCAAAUCUGCCGGCGGCAAAUGCAGGUAUCCUUUGAUGAGAACGAUGCCGUGAAUAUUCUGCUUGCAGCACACCGCCUCAACGAUGUCGUCAUGAUCCAACGUGCACUUGCGGUGGGUCCUGGCUUGCUGUAUUCCACAGUCUUUGGCUGUCCUCUCCUGAAUUUUGGGGGCCCAGAAGAAUCCUGA